AUGCAGUCCACCGAGGCCUGGAGUCACAGCUGGAGCACGACGUCCUGGGACUAUUCGGGCUCUGGCUCCCUGGACCAAAUGGAGCUUUGCCCGGCCUGGGACCUGCCCUACGGUCACGCCAUCAUCCCUGCGCUCUACCUGGCGGCCUUCACCGUGGGCCUGCCGGGCAACGCCUUCGUGCUGUGGCUGCUGAGCGGACGGCGCGGGCCGCGGCGGCUGGUGGACACCUUCGUGCUGCACCUAGCGGCCGCCGACCUGGGCUUCGUGCUCACACUGCCACUGUGGGCGGCGGCGGAGGCCCGGGGCGGCCUGUGGCCCUUCGGCGACGGCCUGUGCAAAGCCAGCAGCUUCGCGCUGGCGGCCACGCGCUGCGCGGGCGCGCUGCUGCUGGCGGGCAUGAGCGUGGACCGCUACCUGGCCGUGGGCCGGCCGCUGAGCGCGCGGCCGCUGCGGAGCCCGCGCUGUGUGCGAGCCGCGUGCUGCGGCGCCUGGGCGGUGGCGUUCCUGGCCGGGCUCCCCGCCUUGCUCUACCGCGGGCUGCAGCCGAGCCCGGACGGCCCGGGCAGCCAGUGCGCCGAGGAGCCGUCGGAUGCCCUCCAGGGCCUCGGCCUGCUGCUGCUGCUGCUGACCUUCGCGCUGCCGCUGGCUGUCACCCUGGCCUGCUACUGCCGCGUGUCGCGCCGCCUGCCGCGCGUGGGGAGGGCCCGGAGCAAUUCGCUGCGCAUCAUCUUCGCCGUGGAGAGCGUCUUCGUGGGUUCCUGGCUGCCCUUCGGCGUCCUGCGAGCCAUCUUCCACCUGGCGCGCCUCCGGGCUCUGCCGCUGCCCUGCGCGCUGCUGCUGGCGCUACGCUGGGGUCUGGCUGUCGCCACCUGCCUGGCUUUCGUCAACAGCUGUGCGAACCCGGUCAUCUACCUCCUGCUGGACCGCUCCUUCCGCGCCCGGGCCCGGUUCGGGGUGUGCACGCGCGCCGGGCGCCAGGUGCGAAGGAUCAGCUCGGCGUCCUCGCUCUCCAGGGACGACAGCUUGGUGUUCUGGGGCCGGUCCCCAAAGGUGAACUCUGCCUCGGCCUCGUAG